AUGGCCCGCCAGUCCAGCAUCGACCUCGACUCGCCCGAUCGGCCCUUUGAUAACAUCAUCAACUUCCGUGACGUCGGCAGAACCAUAAACCAGUUUUGCGGUUCCUCUAUCUUAAAAGAGGGCGUCUUAUUCCGAAGCGCAAGACUCGACGAUGCCUCCGAACGAGAUAAGCGCCGACUGGCCGAAGAACUACACAUCAAAACAGUGAUUGAUCUACGAUCCCAAACAGAACACCAAAUGGCAACCCGUAAACGACGCGCUGAAAACGCCGCCUCCACGGAAGACGCCCAAGAUGGCCCCAAUAACAACGAUUUCGCACCUUCAUCUGUCCCCCUCGAUGCCGAAGAACACCUCCUCCAAAUCCCAGACUCACAUCGUGCCCUGAUCAGUCUAACCGGCAAGGGCUUUGAGCGCGCAUUAUUAUCCAAAUUGGACUGGAUGACUUAUAUAAAAGUCCUCAGCCUCGCCCUAUCAGGCUACCGCCCCGACGCAGUCCGUCUAAUCGGCGAACAAGUAAUGCAACCCCGCGGCCUAACAGGUCUAGCCCAAGACACCCUCACAUCCAGCACAACCGAGAUUCGCACCGUAUUCGAACUUCUCGCCCGCGAAGACACCUACCCCGUCCUAGUACACUGUACGCAAGGCAAAGACCGAACAGGUCUGAUAAUUCUCCUCACACUACUGCUCGCCGGCGAGCCAGACUCAGAGACAGCGGUUCCAUUACCCGCACUCACGGAUGACUAUGUUCGCUCUGAAUUAGAGCUAGUGCCCGAAUUCGAAGAACGCAUGAAGGAGAUUCGGGCGCUGGGUCUGGGCGAGGAUUAUACGCGGUGUCCGCCGGGGUUUGUGGAUGCUACGAUGAAAUAUUUACAGGAUAAAUAUGGGGGUGUGAGGGGGUAUUUGGCUGGGGUGGGGAUUGAUGAUGAUAUGCAGGGACUUAUUCGACAGAAGAUUUUGGCUUAG